UUUCUGCUUUAGAAAUGAUUUCCCAAUUGCUCAUAGACCCAACCCAAGUAAAAUUCCCCAAAAACCAGACCAACAUCAUAAAUAAAUUGUAAGAAAAAACGCGUUUGACCUUGUAAAACCCGUCCACUCCACCACCAUUUGCAGCUGCAGGCUCUUCCCCUACUUACAAAAUUCAUUAAAAUCAAACUCUGAACCUCACAAAAUCCUCCCAGAAAAUAAUAAUAAUAGUUACCCAAACUCCCAUUGCUUCAAACAAUCCUCGCAUCUCCAGCUCAUCUCACAUCCCACUCUCCUUUUCCUCUAUCAUCUCCGUCAAUUAAGCCAUUGACGCCUCAUUUUUUCUGUUUCUUUUCUGGUUUAUUCCCCCCCCCCCCCUUUACCUCCUUUUCUUGAUCUGUUCUCUGUUGGAACUUUUCUUUUGGAUUUGUGUUUUGGGUUUUUGAUUUAGAGUUCUUUUAUCCGCCAAGAUUUCAUUUUUUUCCUUGUUGGUCCGCCGUGUGUUUAAUCCAUGGCGGACUUGGUGAAACAAAUCUUGACAAAGCCUAUCCAACUAGCUGACCAAGUAAUCAAAGCUGCUGAUGAAGCUUGCGCUUUCAAACAAGAAGCUGCUGAACUCAAAUCCAAGACUGAAAAGCUCGCUGCUUUACUACGGCAAGCCGCUCGCGCCAGCUCCGACCUGUACGAGCGCCCUACGCGCCGGAUCAUUGAAGACACGGAGCAAGUUCUUGAUAAGGGUCUGGCCCUGGUACAGAAAUGCAGAGCUAACGGCCUCGUGAAACGCGUUUUCACUAUUAUCCCGACAGCUGCGUUUCGCAAAAUGUCGUCUCAGUUGGAAAAUUCGAUCGGCGAUGUGUCGUGGCUUUUGCGUGUAUCGGCGUCGGCUGAUGAUCGAGACGAUGAGUACUUGGGAUUGCCUCCGAUUGCUGCUAACGAGCCAAUUCUCUGUCUUAUAUGGGAACAGAUUGCGAUUCUCUACACUGGAUCACUGGAUGAUAGAUCUGAUGCUGCGGCUUCGCUGGUUUCGCUGGCGAGAGACAACGAUCGCUAUGGGAAGCUGAUAAUUGAAGAGGGAGGGGUUCCACCUCUGCUGAAAUUGAUCAAAGAAGGGAAAAUGGAAGGCCAAGAGAACGCCGCAAGAGCGAUUGGUCUAUUGGGUCGUGAUUCGGAAAGCGUUGAAUACAUGAUCCACGCCGGUGUUUGUAUUGUGUUUGCGAAAAUACUCAAAGAAGGUCCCAUGAAAGUUCAAGCUGUAGUGGCUUGGGCUGUUUCUGAGCUUGCGGCGAAUUAUCCCAAAUGCCAAGAUCUUUUUGCGCAGCAUAAUAUAAUUCGGUUGCUGGUUGGUCAUCUAGCAUUUGAGACAAUUCAAGAGCAUAGCAAGUAUGCCAUUACCAGCCAGAAAGCCACUUCGAUCCAUGCGGUUGUGAUGGCCAGUAAUAGUUCGACUACUGCUCAUAAUGUGGCAAAGCCAACAACAAACGAUGAUGAUCAGAGUCGAAUUCCUCAUCCUAUGGGUAAUCAGACUGUAAAUCAGUUACACAAUGUGGUCACCAAUACUAUUGCUAUGAAUGCAGCAUCCAAGACGCCACAGCAACGACCUGGUUAUAAUAGUAAUGGACCAAGCCAAACCAACGUUGCCAAGUUCAGUGGUAAUGGAAACAACAGUAUGAAGCUGAAUCAUCAGCCCCACCAUCAACAGAGUCAUUCGCUUUCUGGGGUUAACAUUAAGGGCAGGGAACUGGAAGACCCUGCUACGAAGGCUAAUAUGAAAGCAAUGGCAGCCAGAGCACUUUGGCGUCUGGCCAAGGGAAAUUCCCCAAUUUGCCGCAGCAUAACCGAGUCAAGAGCACUCUUGUGCUUUGCAGUUCUAUUAGAGAAGGGAGCUAAAGAUGUUCAAUACAAUUCUGCCAUGGCUUUGAUGGAGAUCACAGCAGUAGCAGAAGAAGACGCUGAUUUAAGAAGAUCAGCAUUCAAGCCUAAUUCGCCUGCUUGCAAAGCUGUCAUUGAUCAAUUGCUGAAGAUCGUUGAAAAAGCUGAUUCAGACCUCCUUAUACCAUGUGUCAAGGCUAUAGGGUAUCUAGCAAGGACAUUUCGAGCAACAGAGACCAGAAUGAUUGCCCCAUUGGUUAAACUUCUGGACGAGAGAGAAGCUGAGGUUUCUAGGGAGGCUUCAAUUGCCCUCACAAAAUUUGCCUGCACAGAAAACUAUCUCCACCUUGAUCAUUCCAAGGCAAUCAUACAAGCUGGAGGGGAAAAGCACCUAAUCCAGCUUGUCUACUUUGGGGAGCAAAUAGUUCAACCUUCAGCAUUAUAUCUUCUAUGCUACAUUGCAAUGCAUGUCCCAGACAGCGAGCAGCUAGCACAAGCUAAGGUGCUCACAGUGCUAGAAUGGGCUUCCAAGCAAUCAUUUGUGACUCAAGAUGAAACAAUUGAAGCAUUAGUAGACGACGCCAAAAGCAAAUUGGAGCUUUAUCAGUCCAGAGGUUCAAGGGGAUUCCAUUAAAUUCCAUCAAUCAAUAGAGUCUUUAGUAUGUUCUUGCGUAUAAAUUUUUCUUGUUUAUUUCUUUCAACCGUGUCAUUCUAAUGGAGUGUACAUACAAUUAGUUUUCUUCUUUUCUAUAAUAUGUUUCAAAUCAUUGGAGUCUUUAGCAUAAAUGCAGCGUCAUGCUAUGUUUUUCAUGUUCUUUGUUGGGACUGGGAGCCCUCAUAUGAAUCAUUUGAAUUGUUGUAAUUCAGGAAAUUUAUAUGAUAAACAGAGCUGUUUGAUACAUUUAUCAAAAGGAUGUGGCGUUCA